AUGAACAGCAUCGAGACUGAUGUCUCCAAAAUAAAUCUCCCAAACAACCACCAAAUACAAUCUUCUGAUCCUGCUGCUACUCUUGAAGAUGAUGCCACAACUACUGACUUGGUUCCUACCUUGCAGAACAUUGUUGCCACCGUCAACUUGGAUUGCAGACUCGACUUGAAGACCAUUGCCUUGCACGCAAGAAAUGCUGAGUACAACCCAAAGCGUUUUGCUGCCGUUAUUAUGAGAAUCCGUAACCCCAAAACCACUGCUUUGAUAUUUGCUUCUGGUAAGAUGGUUGUUACUGGUGCCAAAUCUGAAGACGACUCAAAAUUAGCCUCAAGAAAGUAUGCCAGAAUCAUUCAGAAGUUGGGUUUCAAUGCCAAAUUCACAGAUUUUAAAAUCCAAAAUAUUGUUGGCUCUUGUGACGUCAAAUUCCCAAUAAGGUUGGAGGGUUUGGCUUUUUCCCAUGGUACUUUCAGUUCUUACGAACCUGAAUUGUUCCCUGGCUUAAUCUACAGAAUGGUGAAACCCAAAAUCGUUCUAUUGAUUUUUGUUUCUGGUAAAAUUGUCUUGACUGGUGCAAAACAACGUGAAGAAAUUUAUAAAGCCUUUGAAGCUAUUUAUCCUGUGCUUACCGAAUUCCGUAAAUUAUAA